CCCUGUCAUGACUUUUUUCAUAGGGCAGGUCAUUCAUCUGCAUGAAAUGGUUGGAUGGAAACUUGAUUGGUGACGCUUAAGUGUGUUGAAUAUAACCGGACGGACGCCCAUAAAAUAUACAUAGCCUAAUUUAUUUACCGGCUGCCGGGUAUUCAUUCAUAUAAGGUCUGUCCUCGUGGUCAUAACCGUCUCUCCGGUGAACCAUGACGGGAUACCUUAGGGUUCUGUCCUCCGUCUCGAGGUAUGGAUUGACGUUUACCGAAAACCCUGCUAUGCUUGCGCCUGCUGCCGCCGUGUGCCAGAGUCUGCGACACAGAAACUAUACAGUUAAGCGUAUCAAGGUGAACCAGCCGGUGGUGGAGAUGGAUGGAGAUGAGAUGACAAGGAUCAUCUGGGAGUUCAUCAAGGAGAAGCUGGUCCUGUCUAACGUGGACGUGGAGCUGAAGUAUUAUGACCUUGGUCUGCCGUGCCGCAACCAGACAGACGACCAGGUCACCAUUGACUCGGCCAUCGCCACCAUGAAGUACAACGUGGCUGUCAAGUGUGCCACCAUCACCCCGGAUGAAGCCAGAGUCGAUGAGUUCAAGCUGAAGAAGAUGUGGAAGAGUCCCAACGGAAGCAUCAGGAACAUUCUGGGCGGAACCGUCUUCCGAGAGCCGAUCAUCUGCAAGAACAUUCCCCGUCUGGUCCCUGGUUGGACGCAGCCAAUAACGAUCGGCAGACACGCCUUUGGUGACCAGUACAGAGCCACAGACUUUGUGAUCACCAAGCCAGGGAAGUUUAAGAUGGUGUUCACCCCAGCUGACGGCAGCAAGGGGAGUGAGUGGGAGGUCUUUGACUUCGUCUCAGGAGGCUGUGGGUUGGGCAUGUACAAUACUGAUGAGUCCAUCACAGGGUUUGCCCACAGCUGUUUCCAGUAUGCCAUCAAUAAGAGGUGGCCUCUAUACAUGAGCACUAAGAACACCAUCCUUAAGUACUACGACGGACGCUUCAAGGAUAUCUUCCAGGAGAUCUUUGAGGAGAACUACAAGCCAGAGUUUGACAGGCUGAAGAUCUGGUACGAGCACCGUCUCAUUGAUGACAUGGUGGCACAAGUCCUCAAGUCCUCCGGAGCCUUCGUCUGGGCCUGCAAGAACUACGAUGGAGACGUUCAGUCUGACAUAUUGGCUCAAGGUUUUGGCUCCCUGGGUCUAAUGACGUCAGUGUUGGUGUGUCCUGAUGGGAAGACCAUUGAGGCAGAGGCAGCCCACGGCACUGUGACACGGCACUACCGCCAACACCAGAGGGGCCGACCCACCAGCACCAACCCCAUCGCCAGUAUCUUUGCCUGGACCAGAGGGCUGGAACACCGAGGGAAACUGGAUGGAAACCCAGACCUCAUCAGGUUCUCCCAAACUCUGGAGAGGGUGUGUGUGGAGAUCGUGGAGAGUGGUGUGAUGACCAAGGACCUGGCCGGCUGCAUCCACGGCCUGGCCAAGUGACUACAUGCAUAUAUACCACACUAUACAG